AUGUCUGGCGCACCACAAGCCGGAGCUUCCACAACAAAAGCCGCCGCCAGCGACGCACCGAACGGGCAACCGGCCGCCGCCGCCAAGCCAGCGCCUCAGCUUGAGGAAGACGACGAGUUCGAGGACUUCCCGGUCGAGGAUUGGGGCGAGGACGAGACACAGACCCACGGCGACAAGACACAUCUGUGGGAGGAGAGCUGGGACGAUGAUGACACCACCGAGGACUUUGCUAACCAGCUGAGGGAUGAGUUGAAGAAGCUGGGCAAAUGA